AAGAGGUACUCACCCACUCCGGUACCCCUUUGUCCUCCUAGCCUCACGCACAGUCAGUGUGCACACAUGGCUAGAGGGCUGAAUUAAGGCUUGCCCACUGCAAGCUUUUAGAGCUAGCCCAGUCUAGCAACUCUUGAACCACGAGUGAGCUGCCUUUGGGAGGAGGAACAAGGUACUGGAGGAUGGCACGGGCACUCCAUCUCCCAAGGGCACCAGCCUCUCAAUCUGAACCAUUAUGCCACCAAGAAGAGCGUGGCAGAGAGCAUGUUGGAUGUGGCGCUCUUCAUGUCCAAUGCCACGCGGCUGAAAGUGGUGCUGGAGCAGGGGCCAUCCUCGCAGUACUACGCCACCCUCAUAGCCCUCAUCAGUGUCUCUCUGCUCCUGCAAGUUGUCAUUGGCAUUCUUCUCGUGGUUAUCGCCAGGCUGAACCUGAAUGAGGUAGGGAACCAGUGGCGUCUAAAUCAGCUCAACAAUGCUGCCACCUCCUUGGUCUUCACUACUGUGGUCAUCAACAUUUUUAUCACCGCUUUCGGGGCACACAAGACAGGCUCCAUGGCUGCCAGGACCUCCAGCAAUCCUGUUUAAUCCCUACCUAGGUCCCAGGAAUUGAGCCUGAAGGGCCUCAGCCUUUGGCCCUGACCUGUCGGGCUAACUAGCACCUUCCACAGCCUCCAGGAGAGUUUCGGGGGCAAGGAAGAUGCCCCUGCUUCCUGCCUGCAGCGCCUGAACUGAGUUGUGCCGUUCUACUGGGUGAUGUGAUUGCAUCUUGGUCUGGAGGCCUGAGCUCAGCAUCUGCAGCGGCCACCCUGUCCUCCAGCACCGGUAACUGGGUCUGCUCAGGCAGUCCACACGGCCUGCAGACUCUGGUUCCAAUACAUUCCUCCCCUCUGCUCCAAGCCUCAAUUUUCCCUUCCCUAUCUAUAAAGAUGUCUGAAA